AUGGGGUCAUCCAGAUUUGGACGACUCACUUUCCUCUUCAUAUAUCUCGUGGAUAUAUCAGUCGAGCAGUCGAGCACACAGUGGAAUGCACUCAAUGCUACUGUUCAAGGCAGGCUGAUUCGUGGCGUCCCGUUCGCCCGGCCUUGCUUCCAGCUCACCAACCAGACCAGCGGUACUUUUGAUGCGGACAAGUGCUCCAUCGUAAUUCAAGACUAUCUCAAUGAGUCCGUCCGCGUAGACACUUUCUCCGCGUAUAUGAACACACAAUGGGAGACGUGUCAAACAAGGAUGAGCCAAUGUCUCCUCGAUGCCUCGAUUCCCAGCAACCCAGAUGCAUUCGACAUUCCACACGUCUGCAGUCAGGGUAGCAUUCCGGAGUAUGGGAUCGAUGUACGGACAGCUGAGAACGUACUUGCCGGCUAUAACUUCUCAAAGGCGCACUCUAUGCCCCUCGUUAUCAAGAACACCGGGCACGAUUACAAGGGUCGGAGUAGCGCGCCCAACUCUCUUGCACUUUGGGUGCACAAUCUUCAAUCGAUAUCCCUCAACAAAUCUUUUGUGCCCAAUGGAUGUAACUCCACGGAGGAGGCUGAGGCAGUCACGUUCGGGGCUGGAGUGUUGGCUUCUACUGCCGUCGAUUUUGCGGAAGCCAACAACAUCACUAUCCCGACCGGCGCUGAUCCUACCGUAGGAGUAGCAGGCGGAUAUCUACAAGGAGGAGGUCACAGUGCACUAUCUAAUACGCUAGGGUUGGCCGUCGAUAGAGUGCUCCAGUUUGAGGUCGUCACGCCCUCAGGACUACAUGUUCUCGCAAACAAGUGCCAGCACGCCGAUCUCUUCUUUGCUUUGCGCGGUGGAGGGGGUGGGACUUUUGGAACAGUUCUAUCUGUUACUACGUUAGCGCUUCCUCAGAUGCACGUUAACGCAGUCCAGGUCUCUUUUGACCCUGUGCGUGAGAAUCAGAAAAGGUUUGUGGAGUUCAUAGUAAAGCAUACAGUGCAAUUUGCGCAAGAUGGAUGGGGUGGAUAUAUUGCGCCGAUCACCGGUAGUAUCAUACUCGCCAACAGCGUGCUAAAUAGUAGCGAAGCUCUGGACUCCAUUGAUUCCCUUCGGUCGUUCAUCGUAGAAAAGCUGAAUGGCAACUUCACUUUCGUAGUGGAGCCAAGCUACAAGUCCUUUCUCGAUAAAUUCGAACCGGCUCAGCCUGUUGGAACCGAGUUCACGCUUUCAUCGCGUCUCAUUCCAUUGACCAACUUUCAGUCGGACGCGAGCCGCGAAGAGCUCGCGUCCGUCAUCAAUGGAAUGUUGGACACUGUUCCAUUCAUGUACCUUGCUGCAACGACACCCUUUUUAUACGGGGACAAUCCUGGAACCAGUGUAACAUCUGCAUGGAGGACAUCCUUGUGGCAUUUUGUCAUCGCCGCUGAGUGGAACUUCAACAGUACGGUGGCCGAUGUGUCAGCUACAUACAAGUCACUAUCGGACGCCGUUCGUCCUCUUCGAGAGAUCACAGUCGGAUCCGGUGCGUACCCGAACGAGGCGGACCUAUACGAGCCUGACUUUCAGGUGUCAUUCUGGGGAAGCAACUACGAAGAGUUAUUGGCAAUAAAGAAGAAGUACGACCCAGAUCAUCUUUUAGACUGCUGGCAGUGUGUCGGUUGGGCCAAGGCCUCGAGCCCUAUAUUCGACUGCUAUCUCCCACUGUGAUAUGUGGCAAGGUCACUUAUGAGGGCGAUAGAAACUCUUGGUUCGCGUGGGAAGAGGUUGCAGAUCACCGUCAAGCGAUGUCGGUAGCCUCUAGUAGACGACGAACAUUCUUCACUGCGUGCAACAGUGACCGUAAUUAAAAUUAAGCCAAGGAUGAUGAUCGCGAGCAGAGCUCGAUGAACGCAACGUAGGGCGAGGUUUGUAGAUGGUAAGCUUUGUCCGAAGUGACCCGAACGGUUAGAAUCGCUGUGGUUCCAUCUAGUCCUGAUGUUAGCGGAUGCAACGGCUCAUCCGUUUCAUUGAUGGAAGUGUGCACAGGCCCG